GAGCACUUCCAUUUUUUACUGAAAUGUGCGGAUAUGGGGGUCCUAUAUAUAUGACACAUCCAACCAAGGCUAUUUGCCCGAUUCUACUCGAAGAUUAUCGAAAGAUCACAGUAGAAAGAAAAGGUGAAACUAAUUUUUUCACAUCGCAAAUGAUUAAAAAUUGUAUGAAAAAAGUCACUGCUGUCAACCUUCACCAGACUAUCAAAGUUAAUAAUGACGAUGAUUUGGAAAUUAAAGCGUAUUAUGCCGGUCACGUUCUAGGCGCAGCUAUGUUUUACGUACGAGUUGGUACACAAUCAGUUGUUUAUACAGGAGAUUACAACAUGACACCAGAUCGACAUCUCGGUGCAGCGUGGAUAGACAAGGUUCAACCAGAUCUUUUGAUUACAGAAUCAACAUAUGCUACAACUAUUCGUGAUUCUAAGAGAUCACGUGAAAGAGAUUUCUUAAAAAAAGUUCAUGACUGCGUCUCACAAGGUGGCAAGGUUCUCAUACCCGUCUUUGCUUUAGGUCGAGCUCAAGAGCUUUGUAUAUUAAUAGAAACAUAUUGGGAGAGAAAUAAUCUUAACGUUCCAGUUUAUUUCUCAGCUGGUAUGACAGAAAAAGCAAAUGAUUAUUAUAAACUUUUUAUUAAUUGGACCAAUGAAAAAAUUAAAAAUACAUUUGUCAAUCGUAAUAUGUUUGACUUUAAACAUAUAAAGCCUUGGGAUAGACAAUACGUAGACCUGCCUGGAGCAGCAGUGUUAUUUGCAACACCAGGGAUGUUACAUAUUGGAACGUCUUUAGAAGUUUUCAAGAAAUGGGCACCAUUUCCUGAAAAUAUGGUUAUAAUGCCUGGAUUUUGUGUUGCAGGUACCGUUGGAGCCAAAGUUCUUAAUGGAGAUAAAGAAAUACAAGUUGAUGCAUAUAAUAAAGUUCAAGUUAACUUGCAAGUAAAGAAUUUGUCAUUUAGCGCACACGCAGAUGCUAAAGGGAUUAUGCAAUUAAUAAAGCAAUGCGCACCGAAAAAUGUGAUGCUUGUGCACGGAGAAAAAGCGAAGAUGGAGUUUUUGCAAGAUAAGAUUAGACGUGAAUGUCGGGUGCCAUGCACAUGUCCAGCGAAUGGAGAAACAAUUACAAUUGAAACGACACUUUCUAUACCAGUCGAUAUAUCAAUGGAUUUACUUAAACGACAUCUAAAUGCGCAAAAAUUUUCAUUACCAUUACCUGGAGAAAGAAUUGAUUUAACAAAGAUUACACCUGUAGACGAAAUACCCAUUCAAGGAGUUCUGGUAAUGGAGCCUGAUAGAAUUCCACGCUUAAUAGAUGUUGAAGAAGCUAUUCGUGAAGCACGAUUGCCCAUUCUUAAUAUAGAUUUCAAGAUGUUUAAAACAUUUGAUCCGAGUCAAUUUAAAGACAAGAUUAUGGUAACGAAUUUAGAGGGAACAGACAUACGAGUUCAGGUAUUAGAACAUGUAUAUGAAGUUGUGAAUAAGGCAAUCAAUAAGAAUAUACCAGGUAUUGAAUUUCGUAAAGGGGCAUUGGAAAUUAAGCUAAGAAGUGUUAAAGUGAGCGUACCAGAAAUGACUAAAGAUGAACUCAAAAAUGCAUUACGCAUUUCUUGGAAUUCUAAAGAUCAGAAUUUAGCAGACUUUAUAAUCUCUAUUAUGGAUGACAUCCUUCCUGACAUGCCAGGUUUAUGA